AUGGCAGAGUUUGAGCAUCGCUAUGCUUCCACCAUGAACGACCCCAUCUCCAAGGGCAUGUUGACUGCAAUCCUUGAACUUGGCGCGUUCCUGGCAGCCAUGGUUGCCGGGCCCAUUUCUGAUCGCUAUUCGCGCAAGUACUCCAUCUCGGCAUGGUGCAUUGUGUUUAUGUUGGGUGUGGCCUUACAGGUCGGUGCCAACAACAACGUUGGAUACAUUUAUGCCGGUCGUUGGUUCGCGGGAAUGGGCGUGGGAGCCCUGUCCACACUUGUUCCGAUGUUCAAUGCCGAACUGGCACCACCAGGAAUCCGUGGCACUCUCGUUGCGUUGCAGCAGCUCUCUAUCUGCUUUGGAAUCCUGGUGGCAUAUUGGGUGGCCUACGGCACCAAUUUUAUCGGUGGCACUAAGUACCCGGGACAGUCGACUGCCGCUUGGCGUAUUCCGCUCGCUCUGCAACUCGUCCCCGCGAUCGCCCUCUGUGCCGGCAUUCCUUUUGUGCCGUUCUCCCCCCGGUGGCUGAUGCUCCGAGACCGCGAGGAGGAAUGUCUCCAAGUGCUUUGUCACCUCCGCGACCUACCGGAGAGCGACCCAGAGAUUCAAUACGAGUUUGGCACUCUCAAAGCUGAGCACAUGGCGCAAAAGGAGGCGGCUGUGGAGCGCUACGGGGUUGCUCAUCGCUCUUUCAAGAUCGAGUUACUAGAAUACUGCCGCUUGCUCAGCACCCCUUCUCUCCUCAAGCGUGUCGGGUUGGGUGCUGCCGCCCAAGGUAUUGGUCAAUGGACUGGUAUUAAUGCAAUCAUAUAUUACGCGCCAACUGUGUUUGCACAAUUGGGUCUCCAGGGUGGCACCAUUGGCCUUCUGGCCACGGGGAUUGUCGGCGUUGUACAGUUCUUCGCCACGAUUCCCGGUGUCCUGUUUGUUGACAACACCGGCCGUCGUCCACUCUUCAUGUGGGGGCUUGGCAACAUGAUCAUCUCCCACGCGGGUGUUGCCGCCAUCGUUGCUGUUUACGGCGGACAUUUCGAUCAACACAAGGCUGCUGGCAACGGUGCCGUCUUCCUGAUCUACUGGUACGUCGCGGCAUACGCCUUUGCCUACGGCCCUGUGGGCUGGGUCGUGGUCGCCGAGACCUGCCCCCUGGACCAGCGCGCCCGAGGCAUCGGAAUUGCGAGUGGUACAAAUUGGAUUAUGAACUUUGUGGUUGCCUGGAUUAGCCCCAUCAUGAUUGAGCGAUUAGGGUACAAGACAUUCAUCGUCUUUAUGGUUUGCUGCAUUGUUGGACUGUUAUGGGUUAUCUUUAUCCUUCCUGAGCUGAAGGGACUGUCCCUGGAGGAAAUCGAUAAGCUGUUUGACGACAAAGCUGGCGAACAUGAGCGUCUCCGCCACCAGCGCAUUGCGAGAGACAUCGGUCUGGAGAAGCUCGAACAUGACCUUCGCCAUCAAGAAAAUGCGACCAGGGAUGUGUAA